AUGGUACGGUGCGAUAGCCAACACUAUACAGCUGGCCCUUCUCGCAUCCAAUAUAGUCAUCAAACAGCAAUCGGAUCAGAGAGUAGCUUGGUCAAUAGCUCGACUUCUCUGAGCAGUCAAUCAACCAAGCCAUCGGUUUUCUUACGGCUACCGACAGAGAUCCGGCUCCGAAUCUACGAAUGGGCAUUAUCUGCCCCCAAUGACUACGUCGACAGGCCUCUGAUUGUAGUCGACGAUCGCGGCAAUAUCUCCUCACGAACUCGAUAUCAAAAUAUGUCCAUGUGUCCAAGCCGGACUGGCGAGGACGGUACGGCGCGCAAGCUCCUCGCCGUCAGUCAUCAAAUCCACGAUGAAGCAGAGGACUUCCUAUAUUCACAUAAUACACUCUUCUUCCGGCACGCUUUCGACCUUGACCGGCUGGGGGAGUUCCUGGAUACGUUGAGCAGCACGGCGCGCAAGCACAUCCGCAGCGUCGGCUUCGAGGUGUUUUUCUUCGUGCACGCCGAGCCGGGUGUGCCCAAGCGCACUUUCAAGCAGUAUGAAAGAGCAGGCACCCUGCUCCGCUCGAGACUCCCUCAAUGGAGCAGUGUCCUCUUCUACCUCGACCCUUACUUCUACUACCCACCCAAUUCCGUGGGCGGGCGAGAUUCGGCUUCUCGCGGUGUGAUGAAUCUAGCUGCGCGGUUUGGGGCCUUGUGCAGAGAGGUCAUUUUCUAUCCACUGCCUUUUAUACAACAGGCGCAGCAGCUUGUUGUUCGCAGCAGCUCCCCGGACAGAAGCACUUCGAGGAGUCACAGCUUGGGCAGAUCGGAUUCUGCAGGCCAUUUCCUGCAGAAGUAG